AUGGCAGACUCGGAGUAUCCCGACGACAUCCAGUUUGCAGGCUUGGUGCAAGCAGCGACUGCUGCAGCUGACGAGCAGACGAGGAGUCCGUCGCUGCUUGGGAAGAGAAAGCGAAGUGAUAGCGCCACAGCACAUAUCUCCACAUUACACGCAGACAUGAUCAAUGACGCACCUGACCCUGCCGCUGAGAUCGCUUCUCCCCGGUUGCAGAGUCCCGCGUCUGUCCUCUUCCGAGAACCGUCGUCAAAGAGCAAAAAAUACAGUAGACCGCCUCUAGGCAAGGUCUUCGCGUCCUUGGAGCUGGCUCCAGAGAACUUUCUCCGACUACAGACUGCGGCCAAGGCCUUCAUGUUGGAUGAAGCACACCCUGAGCGUCGGGACGUCAUCGGGCAAAAGAAAAGUGUUGGUGGAACUGACAUAGCCAAGUUGAAGCUGUGGAAUACUGUUGAAGAAUUUCUGUCCGUGCACGGAUACGGGGAGAAGUAUUUCGCCCCCGGGGCUGGAGACACCAUCCCCGGGGCUCCUCCGAGGACCUUGAUAUGGCCCCAAGACAGUCACGCCAUCAUAAAACUAAUGAUGCCUCUGAUGCGGAAGAUGGUCACAAAUGAGCGCCAGCGUGUCUAUGCUGCUGCAACCAGGCGACAAGGAUCCACUAAAGGCGCCACCGAUAGGGAACCGCCAGCGGCAUUCGAUGCUUCUCUCGUUGGACACGGCGAUGUAGCCAAAACGAGUUAUUCAAAUCACGAUAAGGAAGGCAAUUCUCCUGCGGCCGUGAAGCACGAUGUCUCCACGUUGUCUGCCAGCGCGUCUCAUCCUACAACAGCUUUCAAGCAAUCUAUUGUACUUUACGUCAAUGUGGUCGCGAACACGGGCGGCGCUCUCAGACGAGUGAUACCGCGGUUUACCCUGACACCCGAGUCUGCGCCUACUAUAUCCAGUCUUGUUGCCGAAGUGGAGAGAAAGUCCAACGGAACCCCAAAAGACAAGACCCCGGGGAAAGGAGGUCGCCCAAUUGUAAAGGUAUGGCUUCCUGACGGCCUUGUGACGGUAGCGGAAGAUGGCGAAUGGAUGGUUGCGCUACUAAGUGCUGGUGUUGUUGACUGGAUGGAUGGCGAGGUCAGAGUUCUUGUCGAGGUAUGA